AUGGCUGACGCUGCUCCCCGUGGACGUGGAGGAUUUGGCUCUCGUGGCGACCGUGGUGGUGACCGUGGCCGUGGCCGUGGCCGCCGUGGACGUCGUGGUGGUGGAAAGGAGCAGGAGAAGGAAUGGCAGCCCGUCACCAAGCUCGGCCGUCUCGUCAAGGCUGGCAAGAUCACCAGCAUGGAGCAGAUCUACCUGCACUCUCUGCCCGUGAAGGAGUACCAGAUUGUGGAUUUCUUCCUUCCCAAGCUCAAGGAUGAGGUUAUGAAGAUCAAACCCGUCCAGAAGCAGACCCGUGCCGGUCAGCGUACCCGUUUCAAGGCUGUCGUUGUCAUCGGUGACUCUGAGGGCCACAUCGGUCUCGGAAUCAAGACCUCCAAGGAAGUCGCUACUGCUAUCCGUGCCGCCAUCAUCAUUGCCAAGCUCUCCGUUCUCCCCGUCCGCAGAGGUUACUGGGGUACCAACCUGGGUGAGCCUCACUCUCUGCCCGUCAAGCAGAGCGCCAAGUGCGGUUCCGUCUCCGUCAGACUUAUUCCCGCUCCCCGCGGUACCGGUCUCGUCGCCUCCCCCGCCGUCAAGCGUCUUCUUCAGCUCGCUGGUGUCCAGGACGCCUACACCUCCUCCUCCGGUUCCACCAAGACCCUCGAGAACACACUCAAGGCUACUUUCCUUGCUGUCGUCAACACCUACGGCUUCCUCACCCCUAACCUCUGGACUGAGACUAAGCUCAUCCGGAGCCCUCUGGAGGAAUUCGGUGAUGUUCUGCGCCAGGGCAAGAAGUACUAA